CCACCAAAAAAGAAAAAGCAGUCAACGGCUAUGAUCAUCUCCUUCUUCCAUCAAACGGCCACCAACCCCAUUCUUCUUUCAAAUUACAUACUUCAUAGUUGUUGCACACUUGCACCAUUUCUCUCUCUCUCCUCUCCUUCACCAAAACCCCUCUUUCUCUCUCUAACUCACCGAAAAUGGCAACUUCUCUUUCUCUCUCCCAAGCAAUCUCAGCUCGCACUUCCUCCUCUCACCACCAAUCAUCUCCUUCUCACCACCUUCCUUCAUCACUUUCUCUCUCUUCUCUCUCUCUCCUCAAAUCAUCUUCUUUCUCUCUCAAAACAUCUCAACGUGUAGCACCAUGCGCAACAAUACGCGCAUCAUCAGCGGUGGAUUCCCUCGACAAAUCCGCCUCAACUGAAGUAACCCUAAUUGAGAAAUCAGUUAACACGAUCAGAUUUCUUGCGAUCGAUGCAGUUGAAAAAGCGAAUUCGGGUCACCCGGGUUUACCCAUGGGUUGUGCUCCAAUGGGUCAUGUUUUGUAUGAUGAAGUUAUGCGGUAUAACCCGAAGAACCCGUAUUGGUUUAACCGUGAUCGCUUUGUUUUGUCCGCGGGUCAUGGAUGCAUGCUUCAAUAUGCUCUGCUUCAUUUGGCUGGAUAUGAUAGUGUCACUGAAGAAGAUUUGAAGAAUUUCCGUCAGUGGGAAAGCAGGACUCCUGGUCAUCCUGAGAAUUUUGAGACUCCUGGGGUUGAAGUCACCACUGGUCCCCUUGGUCAGGGUAUUGCCAAUGCUGUUGGACUGGCUCUUGCAGAAAAGCACUUGGCUGCUCGAUUUAACAAACCUGGUGCAGAGAUCGUUGAUCACUACACGUAUGCUAUAAUUGGUGAUGGUUGUCAAAUGGAGGGUGUUUCUCAAGAAGCCUGUUCUCUUGCUGGGCAUUGGGGUCUUGGAAAGCUUAUUGCAUUUUAUGAUGAUAAUCAUAUCUCUAUUGAUGGUAACACCGAUAUCGCAUUCACCGAGGAUGUUGACAAGCGGUUUGAGGCUCUUGGAUGGCACGUGAUCUGGGUCAAGAAUGGUAAUACUGGCUAUGAUGAAAUUCGUGCAGCAAUUAGAGAAGCUAAAGCUGUUACGGACAAGCCGACUUUAAUUAAGGUGACUACAACAAUUGGUUAUGGUUCCCCAAACAAGGCAAAUUCGUACAGUGUUCAUGGGAGUGCAUUGGGAGCUAAGGAGGUGGAAGCAACUAGGAGCAAUCUCGGGUGGCCGCAUGAGCCAUUCCAUGUAUCUGAAGAUGUCAAGAAACAUUGGAGUCGCCACACCCCUGAAGGAGCAGCCCUUGAAGCUGAAUGGAAUGCUAAGUUUGCCGAGUAUGAAAGAAAAUACAAGGAUGAAGCUGCAGAGUUGAAGUCUAUCAUCACUGGGGAAUUACCUUCUGGCUGGGAGAAUGCACUUCCGACAUACACCACAGAGAGCCCUGCUGAUGCUACAAGAAAUCUGUCUCAACAAUGCCUCAACGCUCUUGCCAAAGUUCUUCCAGGUUUUCUGGGUGGAAGUGCCGACCUUGCUUCCUCAAACAUGACUUUACUGAAGAUGUUUGGAAAUUUCCAGAAGGAUACUCCUGAGGAGAGGAACCUGCGAUUUGGUGUUCGUGAGCAUGCAAUGGGAUCCAUUUGUAAUGGGAUUGCCCACCACAGCCCGGGAUUCAUCCCCUACUGUGCAACUUUCUUUGUUUUUACAGACUACAUGAGAGCUUCCAUAAGGAUGGCUGCCUUGUCACAAGCUGGGGUCAUCUUUGUUAUGACCCAUGACUCUAUUGGGCUCGGUGAAGACGGGCCCACUCAUCAGCCUAUUGAGCAUUUGGCCAGUUUCCGGGCUAUGCCAAAUGUUCUUAUGCUCCGUCCUGCAGAUGGUACCGAGACUGCUGGGGCCUACAAGGUUGCAGCACUAAAGAGAAAGACACCCGCGAUUCUGGCUCUUUCUCGGCAAAAACUUCCCCAACUUGCUGGUACUUCAGUCGAAGGGGUUGAAAAGGGUGGUUAUGUAAUUUCUGACAACUCAAAGGCAAACAAACCAGAUGUCAUUCUGAUGGGAACUGGUUCUGAAUUAGAGAUUGCUGCUAAAGCUGCAGAUGAGCUUAGAAAGGAAGGAAAAGCUGUUAGAGUUGUGUCAUUUGUUUCAUGGGAGCUCUUCGAUGCUCAACCCGAUUCAUAUAAAGAAAGCGUUUUGCCAUCUGAUGUGACAGCCAGGGUGAGCAUUGAAGCUGGAUCAACAUUUGGGUGGUUGAAGUAUGUUGGCAGCAAGGGCAAAGCAAUUGGUAUUGAUCGGUUUGGUGCCAGUGCCCCUGCUGGGAAGAUAUACAAGGAGUUCGGAAUCACGAAAGAAGCUGUCGUCGAAGCAGCUAAAUCACUUUCCUAGACAUGGAGUUAUUUUUUUCCCCCUUUGUUUUCAUUUCUUUUCGGGUUUUGGUUGUCUGUAAUUUGCUAUACAUCAGCAGAUCGAAGUCAGAUUGAGGUUUGAGCCUUGAGGAGAGUUAAAAAGAAAGCUAUUCCACAUAGUUUUAUGUAAAGCAAACUGAGCUUUGUAAACCUUUUGUAGUUGGUCCUAAUUGGUAAUUUAUCAAAUAAAACCAUAAUCUUCCUCUGUA